AAAGAUUCCAUUUAGAAUCCGACCUCCACUAACCAGCUCAAAGUGUCGGCACACAGCAAAAAUACGACCCGAAAUGGCGCCACCACAGUCCUUUUCACUCCCACUGCUCCUCUUUUCCAGGAGGACUACAUCUCCACCUCGGGGAAUGGAUCAACCGAGACGAACUCAACGAAGAGUGAUCGGUGAACCUCCAAUGCCACCGCGAAUGGAACCGGUCAUCGUCAAUGCCGAGGGAGCAGAGCAGGCGCUGGAAAUUGAGCAGGAAGUGGCUGUGGGAGUCGCGCAAGAGCUGGCGCUUGGAGUCGAUCAGGAGCAGGCUUUGGGAAUCGCGCAGGAGCAGGCGCUGGAAGUCGCGGAGGAGCAGGAUCCAGAGCCGACAGCUGCGAUUCCAAACGGAACUAACUCGGGAGACGCCAACGAGUUGACCUAUCAAGCUGACACAAUCUCAGAAGCUCUGACCGAGGCCAUUGGCUCUGGCUCUAACUCGGGAGACGCAAAUGAUUUGACCGAUCUAGCUCACAUCUCAGAAACUCUCUCCGAGGCCAUUGGAUCUGGCUCUAACUCGGUAGAGUAGGCAGCAGCAGCUCUUCAGAGCAACGAAAUCUACAAGUAAGUUUUCAACUCUCACGUCUGUUCAUUUCAGAUAUGCAAAUAGUAAGUUUUCAUCACUCGUUAAGUAGAACAACCUGUUCACUUUUGAUUUGCGGAUAGGGACAUCAUAGCAUUCUGGAAAUAUGGAAAUAUAAUUAGGUAGAUCUGACUAGUCUCCAGAUCAUGUUCUGCCAUUCCAUAUUCAGUUUGCAUGAAGUUCAUUUCAGUCUUCAGAUUUGCGGAUAGGAUCAUCAUAGCAUUCUAGAUAUAUGGAAAGUAUAAUUCGGUAGAUCUGAUUAGUCUUCAGAUCCUGUGCGGCCAUUCCAUUAUAAGUUUGCUAGAAGAUUAUAAUUGACGUCAAUGAUUCAGAAAUUGUAAAAAAUGUACAACAAACAUGCUGGAUGACUACUGUUUCAGAAUCUUUUGCAUCCGUUUGCUUGAGGUCUUUCAAAAGUGUUGUUUGCAUGAUGGAUUUAGUGAUGGAUUUAUUGAUAAAUAUGAAUCCAUCAUGGAUUUUGUCCAAAAUAUUAGAAAUAACAAAUACUUUAGCCCCGCAAACUUUGAGAUUGCAAAUCCAAUGACCUAAAUGACUUGAAAAACACCCCUCUUUAAACGGAAAUUGAUCAUAGACCUAGAAAUUCUUAGUUUAUGACCAAUGUACCCUUCUUAUUUUCUUUCUUUUUCUUCAUUCAUAUGAUGACAAUAAAGUCCCUUUAUCUCUUCAACCAUAAAAAUCUAAUCAACAAAGUCCAUAAUGAAAUAUAUGAAACAAAUAAUUGUGUUUUCCAAGUCCAUAAUGAACCAAAACCCUAGUAUAUCCAUGGAUAUUCAAAAUUCAAGUUAUACAAAAACAUUUCAUUUUUUAAAUCCAAUAAGCAAACAACCGGCCACGAUUUUGCAAAACUCAAGUUCUACCAAAAUAGUUGUGCUAAACAUCUUAUGCCAUAGUUAAACAUCUUAUUACCUCCGUUAAACACAAAAAAGAUUUCAUAAGAUUCUGAUCAAACUUACUGGCUGAUGCAUCUUCACCAUUUGUAUAUAGUGAGUCCUGAAAUUCUGCUUCUGUUAUACACGAAAAAGACUUCAUCAGAUAUUAUACCAGAUACUGAAACUUACAGGCACAAAGAAAAACAUCCCAUAACUAUCAUACAAGUAAAUGAAUUGCAUACAUGAGCUAAAGACUAAAUCUAAAGUUAAGCAAAACUCCACAAAGUAGUUCCACACUGCCAUUACUGCGUCAAAACGCCCCCUUCCCCACACAGUUCAUCCAAAUUUCGGGAUGAGGUCGGAUCUGACCAAAAAUGAUACCAGUAUAUAGAUAAAAAAAAUCAAUUUAAUGGUAAGAAAUUCUUCUUAAUACCUUGAGAGAGGAUUCAAUAUCAAACAGAACACUGCAUUCACAAACAGAACAAGUCAUUUAACCAAAAACCACAAAAAGGGGAAGAAAUACACAAGCCAUAAACUGGAAUCAUAGGGAAGUUCAAUGGAGGGAGCGGACUAAUGUUCUUCAGGGCUUCAAAUGAAUAGGUAAAAGUCAUCUGGUGACCACCAAAAGGACGGACUUUUCAUAUGCUGGCUAACGUGAAAAAGAACAAGAUCGGACUUCAAACCGAUCAACGAAGAGAAAUCACAACACAAAAAACAUAUGAAACCCAGAUCUAAAAACUUAAGUUGGGAUCUUUUUCGUUAAAAAAAUAGAGAGAGUUGAUGAAAGAAUCAGAUGUAGAUCGCGUAAAAACAAAAACAUGGAGAUAGCCCUCCCAUCUCCGUGGAUCUGACUUUGUUAUACACAAAGAACCCAUCACGGAACGGUCACCGGGUUAACAAUGGGGACGGCGAGAAGAGAAGGCAGAUAGAACGGAGGGAGAGGGAAGAGCGGCCACACACAAAAAGAAAAUUCAGCCGCUUAGAGAGAGAGAGGGGGUGAAGAAAAAAGAAAAGGUAGGGUUAGAU